AUAGAGAGAGACGAGAGAGAGAGGGAGAGAGAGCAUGACACAGAGAGAGGUUGAAAGAGAGUGUCGCAAAAAGACAGAGAGCGCAUGUCACAGAGAGAGAGAUAGAGAGAGAGCGUAGGGGCUUCCUCUCUUGCUACGGUUCACUGGUCUGAGUCUGUGUUUCACCUUCCAGCCCUGCAUAUAAAGGCCUGAGGUGGAGGGAGAUCCCACUAUACAGAGAGUGAUUCACCCCAGCAUGAGCAGCAGCAGGGGACAGAGAGUGUGGGGUUAAAACAUGCCCAGCCUAAUCAUCACAGAGACACUGAUACAAACACAGCACUUCAAUAUGGAGCAGGACGACAGGAGGAGGAACAAGAACUUGGGAAAGAACUUUAUGUGCCGACUGCAAUGCAUGUUCUCACAUUCACCUACCUCUGAGAGCGGGCUAAGUUUAGAAGAUACCCAACAAUGGUCUCAGUCACUGGAGAGACUCCUCGAGUCUAAAUAUGGAUUGGCGACCUUCAGAACCUUUCUGAAGUCUGAAUUCAGCGAUGAGAACAUUGAGUUCUGGCUGACGUGUGAGGAGUACAAGAAAAUCAAGUCUUCAUUCAGAAUGUCAUCGAAGGCCAAAAAAAUCUAUGAGCAUUUCAUAAAGGCUGAGGCUCCUAAAGAGAUAAACAUUGACUACCACACGAGGGAGCAGAUCAAGAGGGCCGUGAAGAAUCCUACACUCCAGUGCUUUGACGAUGCCCAGAAGAUUGUCUAUGGGCUGAUGGAGAGAGACUCGUACCCUCGCUUCCUGCGCUCAGACAUUUACCGAUCCCUCCUGGAUUCCCUCGCCGCUGACGCCGUCAAGGGCUAAUGGGAGCGGAUUAGACGACAGGAGAAUGUGACAACAGAAACUGGAAUGUUUGGGAUUCUACAGGAUGGAAGGCUGACCAAGCAUAGAGAGACUGACAGGCCUGUGUCCCUACGAACCGUGGUCGCCACAACACAAGACCACACCCUAAAACACUGCAAGUGGGAUUCGCCCAGAGAAAAAGAAAGACAGAAAGAGAGAAGGAGAUGCAGAGAGGAUAUGAGGAAUGCUACAGCGCUGCGAUUGCACUGGAUGCUGCUGUCUUAUCUGUAACUCUGGGAGUGACAUCAUAUCAUAGGUGAUUAGAUCGUCUUUGACAGUGAAUGAAUCACCGAGUGAAUGACGAUCGAACUGAAACCCAACGUCAGCAACCAUGCAGUCCCCACUCAACCGGAGGUGCUUCCUGUCCUAAAAAGAUGGAGUAGAAAGUGUAUCUGUGUUUGUGUGUGUGUUUGUGUGUGUGUGUGCGCAACAGGAUGCCUAUGAUACUGUGAUAAGAUAGGAGAUGCAAGGUGGACUUUCACUAGCAAUACUAAAGUAUGUGGUCUGGAGUGAAACAAAGGAGAGAGCACGCACACAAUGGAUACUGGCCCAAAAUACUAUACUGUCCUUAAUAAUAUUCACAUUUCGUCUCUAAAUUCAAACCAGUUUUUCGAAAGGCGGUUGAAUCUUUAGAUUUGCAAGGCAGUUAAAGACUUCUUACACUGUCUAUCAUUGAAUAAUUACCCAUUUAGAAGUAGAGGUUAAGUUGUCAGAGUGCAAUUGUAGACAGAAGGGUAGCCUAUGUCCCACUUUGUAUAUUGAACUUUGAACUCCUACUUCUCUGAUGCAGAAUAUUUUUUGAUUGCUUAUAAAGAAAGCACAAUACAAUGUUGAUAAAUUAAGGUUAGAAUGUUGUACUAUUUAUUACACAGUCACUGUUGGGAUGCUGACUUUUGCAAUGCUUGUAAAAAUGUUCACGAUUAGAUUAUUAAAUUACAUUAAAUUAAAUUAUUAAAUUAUUUGCAGACAAAAUAUGUAUUGUCAAUCACUCUCUUCUGGCUUAUUCUCAAUUAACAACUAAAUUA